CAUAAACAAAGAGGAAAUUGAAGAACUAUGGACUUGAAGACUAUACCCUGAAAAACACCCUUGGAUGCUAUAUUUUUUUUAGAUUUGGCUUCGUUUAAGUUGCUAUUCAUCUUGAAUUGGUCGCUCGUUGUAGCUUCUCAAGAUUAUCCCUAUUUCGCUUCCUCCAUCGCUAAAUGCUGCUUCAUACCUUCGAGAUCUAUAGUCGGGUGCAAGGGUUUCGAACCCUAGCCCUGACAUCUUUUGUUCUCGUAGUUACCAUCUAUGCUCUCACAUCUCACACCUGAUGAAUCGAAGAAGGAGGAGAGGAAUGAAUCUAGGAUCCCUCUCGUUCCUGUAGUUUCCAUCUCUCAUCAAGGAAUUAUUGAUUAAACCCAAACAUGCCACAAAACCUACAACAAGGGAUGAUGGCAAAUUGAAGAGAGGAUGCAGAUCCUGAGGACGAUGAACUUGAUGAGGCCGAAGGAACGAGCGAUGCGCUAGAAAUAUGAAAACGAAUUUGAGGUGAUUUGGUUAAUACAGAGAUGCAAUCUGAGCCGCACGAUGCAUCAGAUCCAACGGCUAGAUUUCAUUCUCAUUUCUCUCCACAAGCUACCCCCACAAAGUAUCAGGAAGUGCCAAAUGAAGGCAGCAGUUCUUACGUCGAACGUCAUUGGGUCCCGCAAUGCCCUGAUAAUUACAUUCCAAAGGUAGGCAUGGUUUUUAAGGACCUGGAUGAUGCUAUUCGAUUUUAUCGUGCUUAUGCUGCUGAGGCGGGGUUUGAUGUGCGCAAGACUACCACUACAAAGAAAAAGGGCUCCGUUGUUUGGAAAUACGUUGUAUGUAGCCGCGAGGGUAAAAAACAUGUCCCCACAAUAUCCCUCAACGAUGCAUCACAUGACAAUGGACAUGCUGCAUUACCUAAACCUGGGAGAAGAAGACGCAUUUCUAAGCGUAUAGGCUGUAUGGCACGUGUUGCAUUUCGCAUCCUUAGACAUGAUGGUUACGUUCUCAGCAUAUUCGAAGAACAACACAAUCAUCCUCUCACUUCUCUCCCCUACAGACCAUUUUUGAAGAUCAAUAGGAACAUUGAUCUAGGCCAUAAGAAGUUCAUACUCAACUAUGCUAAAGCGAAUAUUGGCACCAUGAAAUCAUACCGACUUUUUAAGGAGUCCGUUGGUGGGUAUUCAAGUGUUGGUGCUACUGUUGUGGACUUCAAAAACUUCAAACGCGAUUUGAAGGCCUAUAUUGCUGGUGGAGAUGCUCAAAUGGUCAUUGACAAAUUAUUCCGAAAAUCAGAAGUAUGCCCUGGAUUUAGGUUUGAUGAUGAAGUUAACGAGUACGACCAGCUGUCCAGGCUAUUUUGGUGUGACGCUGCUUCUAGGAAAAUCUACUCCCUGUUUGGUGAUGUUGUCUCCUUUGAUGCCACAUAUAAAACCAACAGGUACAUGAUGAUAUUUGCUCCGUUCACUGGUGUCGACAACCAUAAAAAGUGUUUGACGUUCGGCUUUGGCUUACUGUCAAGCGAGGACGCUGAGUCAUAUUCAUGGUUGUUGAGAUCAUUCAUGAACGCGAUGGGGAAUGCUCCAAGUUGCAUCAUAACUGAUCAAGAUCCUUCAAUGCGAAUUGCAAUAGAAGAAGUCUUACCACAAAUCAAGCAUCGCUAUUGCAUGUGGCAUAUUAUGAACAAACUAUCAGGGAAAGUUGGUCCGGUGUUAAGCAAGGAUACAGAAUUCAUGAAUCGCAUUAAUCAGGUGGUUUGGACUCAUUACUUGGACAAAAAAGAAUGGAAAGCACAAUGGCGCAGUGUUAUGGCAGACUACAACCUCACGGAGCAAUCGUGGUUCAAGUCACUAUACACGUUACUGAGGAUGCUUCCGAGUAUCAGAUCAGCGAUGCACAUCUUUGUUGUUUUCAAAAACCUGAAAAUAGAAAAGAUCCCCGACUUGUAUGUUACCAACCGCUGGUGCAAAUUCCACUUGCUCAAACCAAUGUUCAAUGUCGGUGGCUCAGAAAUGGACAAGGUAUCAUUUACGGAUCAAAAUAAGACUAUUGUUUCUCGAUUGAUGUCAGACAUCCACUUUUGUAUUGCCUUUGUGGAACACAACCCUGAUCUGCUACUUGCCUUUUCCAACACUAUAAAUCAGCACAAGGAGGCGCUAAUUGACAAACUUCAAGAUGGAAAACUAUCAUCUGACACAUCCUCAAUGUUUGAAAACUUUUAUGGCACUUCUGCACCUUCAAAAGUUCGUGUAUUACCCCCUGCGCAAGUUUGUACGAAGGGCAGCGGUAAGCGUAUUAAAGGAGGAAAGGAAGUUAGCAUUGAAGAAUCAAAGAAAACCAAACGCUUGUGUCGGACAUGCAAAGAAUAUGGCUUCCACGACAGCAGGAACUAUCCUAUGAACCAUGAGAAGUGAUAAGUCUAUUUUCCGGUUCCACUUUUAUUGUUUAUUAACGUUUCAGUUAUUUUUAUUCCAUUUAUAUGUCUCUGAUUUUUUCCCAACUUUUAUAUUCCUGAAUUGAAAUAAUCAAUUCCAAUGGUUAAA